AGAUGACCACAGCCACCCCUUUGGGGGAUACCACUUUCUUCUCAUUGAACAUGACCACGAGGGGAGAAGACUUCCUGUAUAAAAGUUCUGGAGCCAUCGUCGCUGCCAUCGUAGUGGUUGUCAUCAUCAUCUUCACCGUGGUUCUUAUCCUGCUGAAGAUGUACAACAGGAGAAUGAGGACCAGGAGGGAGCUGGAACCCAAGGGCCCCAAGCCAGCUUCCCCUUCGGCCCUGGGCCCGAGCAGCAACAACAGUCAACAGCCUACAACUGUGACCUUCACCCCUGUUGACGUCCACAUGGAGAACCGGUGACCCCCACCUUGCGCUCUC